GCUGGCUGGCGGCGCGCGUGCCCCGCGGGCAGGAGCGGCGGCGGCGGGAGCGACGGCGGGAGCUGCGGGCGUGUGCGCAGGGAGCGCAGCGAAGGCGGGCAGGGGGGAGCGGCAGCGGCGGCGGAGGCACUUGGAGGAGGGGGACGAACUGCCGCACACUUUUGGCCACUGGACGGGAGAGGGGGGACGGAGGCUGCAUGUGCGCAGCGUCGCUCGCGGAUCUCCCGAGACUGAUCUCAGCAUCCCGCAGGCUCAGUAAAAAGCAGCGACGAAACAUCAGCCGCUGCCAGACAUGGAUGAAGGAAUCUCCCGCCUGCCGGAGAGGCAGCUACUGGAGCAUAGGGAUUUUAUAGGGCUGGACUACCCUGCCCUGUAUGUGUGCAAACCCAAAAGAGGAGUGAAGAGGGACGACAGCAAGGAAACGUACAAACUGCCACAUAGAUUGAUAGAAAAGAAGAGGCGAGACAGGAUUAACGAAUGCAUUGCUCAGCUGAAGGAUUUACUGCCCGAGCAUCUGAAACUAACGACGCUGGGACACCUGGAGAAAGCGGUGGUGCUGGAACUGACUUUGAAGCACUUGAAAGCGCUAACAGCCUUAACAGAGCAGCAGCACCAGAAGAUAAUUGCUUUGCAGAAUGGUAAGCGGAGUCUGGGGGACACCGCCGCUAGGGCACACCGGAGGCGGGCGGGGGGGCCGCGGAGCGGGGCACCCCAUGCUGGAGCCGCGGGUAAACGCUGUCCCCGCUCGGUCUCUCCCGCAGGGGAGCGGUCCAUGAAGUCUCCGGUGCAGGCCGACCUGGACGCCUUCCACUCGGGCUUCCAGACGUGCGCGAAGGAAGUGCUGCAGUACCUCUCCCGCUUCGAGAGCUGGACCCCCCGCGAGCAGCGAUGCGCGCAGCUCCUCGGCCACCUGCACUCCAUCUCGUCGCAGUUCCUCUCCGGCCCUCAGCUCCUCUCCCCACCGCCGGGCCCCCUCAGCAAGGGAUCCUCCUCCUCUUCCUCCCCGCCCGCCCCCCCCUGCGCGCCGGGCCACAAGCCGGAGGGCCAGGCUAACUGCGUGCCCGUCAUCCAGCGGACUCACGCCGCCGAGCUCAGCGCCGAGACCGACACGGACACGGACAGCGGCUACGGCGGGGAGGGCGAGGCGCGCCCCGAGCGCGGCCCCGCGGCGGCGGCUGGGGGAGCGCUGCCCGCCCUGGCCAUCAAGCAGGAGCCGUCGGGGGACGAGCUGCCCCCUGCGCCCAAACGGCUGAAGCUGGAUCGCGGCGGGAGCCCCAUGCCCGGCCCGCCGGGGCUAGCGGCGCGGGGAGCCGAGGCGGCGGCGGCGGCAGCGGCGGCGGCGCUGGUCAGACCCGACGCCGCCCUGCUGGGCUCGCUGAUGGCCCUGGGAGCGGGCGGCGGCGGUGGCCCCUUCGGACAGCCGCCGGCGGCCCCUUUCUGCCUGCCCUUCUACUUCAUCUCCCCCUCGGCCGCCGCCGCCUACAUGCAGCCCUUCCUGGAUAAAAGCAGUCUGGAGAAGUAUCUCUACCCCGCCGCCCCCAUCCCGCUCCUUUACCCGGGCAUCUCGGCCCAGGCGGCCGCCGCCGCGGCAGCCGCCGCCGCCUCCUUUCCCUGCCUCUCCUCCGUGCUCGGCCCCGAGAAGGCGGCGGCGGCCGCCACCGGGCUGCCCCCGACGCCCCACCUCCCGCACCCCUUCGCUGCCGCCGCCGAGCCCGGCGAGGAGCCCGAGCCCGCAGCUGCCGAGGAGCCCUGCGCCGAGGGCCCGUGAGACGCCCCGGGGGCUCCUCGCCGCCGCUGCCCUCCCCUCGGACUGAGGGGCCGUCGGGCCCGCACUUGCGCCCCCGGGUUCCUACGGAGGGCAGGGGUCGCCGGGGCCGGUGAUCGCCGAGAGCUGGCGGCCGCGGGAUGUCGCGCCCGGCCCGGGGGUGUUCCGCUGCCGGGGCGGCAGGUCCCGGAGCGGCCCCCGCAGAGGACCGUCGAGGAUAAAAUUUGUUACUCAGUAUUUUUUUAAUGUUUGGCUUUAUAAAUGCAUAAAUAAGGAUAACAAAAAAAAAAAGAAGAAGAAGAAGAAGGAAGAAAACAUAGUAAGGAUCCGGUUUUUUUUUGUUUUGGUUUUUGGUUUUUUUUUCCUCUCUAUAUAUAUAUAGAGUAAUUAAAUGUGGCACCUUAUUUGGAGUGGGUUUACACAGUGUGUCCCUAAGUUCCAUUUGGGAACUUGCACUUGUUGUCCAGGAGACCUGGAUGGGUUCAGGGUGAGGGCGGGGAACGAGGCGAGGGAGGAAGGGCAGAGCCCAGCACCUGUGCUAGCACUUUGUGGAGAGCUGGAGUGUGGAGGAUGCACCCUGAGCCCAAACCUGCCGUGCCUUGAGCACCCGGGGAUGCCGCUGGCUCCAGCAAGUUUUGGGUGUGCAAGGAAAGGAGGGUCAGACCCAUUACAUAACCUUGUGUUUAUUUCCUUUUUUUUUUUAAUUUCUUUUUUGGCUAAGGUAUACAGGUGUGGCAAGUGCAUUUGUUCUCACCCCAUCUUUAUUUAAUUCACUAUGUUCACAAGAGAUUUAUUUCCCCCCCAAAACCUUGCUGUAUAAAAUGAAUGUUACUGCACUGAACUACAAAAAGAAACCCCCUUCUCUUCCCCCAAGAAAACACAGAGCAGUUUGUCAGCCUGAACUCAUUUUAUCCUAAAUUCCGAGUGACACAAACUGGAGGCCGUAGAUAAACACCUUGCUGUGCAACCAGAAACAAUUAACCCAGUUGGGGUAAGUUUCCCAUAUGGGUUUUUCCCUCAUCCCAUGCUCAAAUACCGCGUUUUCCCUUUCUGGAGACAAACCAGACACCAGAUAAUCACACAGAUAAUAAGGCUUAAACUAAGACCUUGCCUAGAUAUUUUUAGUUUGUUGCCAAGGUAGCACUUUGAGAAAUCUCACUUGAAUGUUAUGUAAGAGGUGAGACACCACAGCCUGGCAAGGAGUGUGUGCGUGUCCGGAGUCCGUCAGUCCGUUUGGUGCAUCUGCUGCUGCUGUUGCUACUGUUUGCCUCAAACGCUGUGUUUAAACAACGUUACAAAAAAAAAAAAUCUUACUAGCCUACAGAGUGGCUGUAUGUAAAUAGUUGUUAAUACAUCCAAUUAAUGACGUCUGACAUGCUAUUUUUGUAGGGAGAAAAAUAUGUGUUAAUGAUAUUUUGAGUUAAAUAUCUUUUGGGAAGAUUUGCUAAAAAGUUGCACUUUUGUUACAAUGCUUAUGCUUGAUACAAGCUUAUGCUGUCUUAAAUUAUUUAAAAAAAUAAAUCCUGUCUGCAAGAAACCAGCUGUUUUAGAACAGUUUAAUAUGUGAUACAUUAGAAAUCAAUCUUUAUAUUCAGUAUUUUCCAGCACUCCAUGAAUUCUAUUAUAUAAAUAUUUCCACACUAUUUUGUGAUUUAAAAAAUUCUUAAUAAGGAAUAAAAACUUUAAUAUACAAAA